AUGAAUUCUUUGGUGUUCCCAGCGAUGCAAAAUAUGAACGCAGCUUUACAAUUCUUCAGUCUUUUUCAAAUUCCGGUGAGUACAACCGUCGGGAUUAAUGCACUAGCAAGUUCAUCUCCUCCUUCAACUGGAGAUUUUUCAGGUGAUGUCAAGCCUGCAAUCGAACAGAUUGCAUGUUUCUUAGCUAACAACGGUUUCCCACUUUUGAUCACUGCGUACCCUUACUUUUCUUACAUCCAUGAACCAAGUUCAAUUCAAUUACCGUUCGUGUUAUUCACCUCUCCUGAUGUUGUAGUGAGAGAUGGAAGUCUGGGGUACAAGAAUAUGUUCGAUGCCAUGGUUGAUGCGGUUUACUCCGCAUUGGAAAAGGUUGGUGCAGGUGGUGUUGAGGUGGUGAUUUGUGAGAGUGGGUGGCCGUCACAAGGGAAUGGUGAUUUCACGACGACUGAACUGGCUCAGACCUAUAAUCAGAAUCUUUUGAACCACGUGCGUGGUUCUGGUACUCCUAAGAAGCCCGACAAGAAUGUGGAGACAUAUGUUUUUGCACUUUUUAACGAGAACCAAAAGGAUCCAGGGGUCGAACAACAUUUUGGCUUGUUCAAUCCAGACAUGACUGAAGUGUAUCAUGUUGAUUUUUAA